GCGUAACAUGCGCCCGCCCUGGCUCGCUCUCUCUCUCAGUCUCUGUGGCCCCUCUGCUUUCUACACUUUCAUUGCCCCGAUGGGCUGCCACAUGGGGGCGCCAUGGGUCUCUGAUAUCCCGUCCGAGAUGAGCACCACUGGCAACGAAAUAUGUACCUCCCAGGUACAUGGUUACAGGAAAUCCCAAGACAUUUGCCCCGCCCUAGCCCAGGCAGACCAAGCACUGCCUUCGUCUGGCUGAGGUUGUGUGAUUCCUGAAGUCCUCCCGCCCUCUCUCUCGGUUUCCCUCUGCUCCGUACCUUGUUGCACUUUUCGUGCCCCAGGUGUACACACACAUCCCAUCCCAUCCCAUUGUCGAGUGACAAGGACCCAUACCUCCCCAGGAACGACCCCUGUCCUGGUUCACGUUGCUUGAGCCCUCAUCCUGCCCGUCCGUCCACCUUGCCUUGCCAUCCAUCCACACAAGUCACACAACAUAUGUCCUCAUAUGUAUACCUGAGUGGCCUCCUCUCGUCUUCUGCUUAUAUACCCAACUCACUUCCAGCCACAUCUGCUUUUUGCAUAUCUGCCUACUUUUGUGUAACAUCAGCAGCCUUUCUAUACUAUACUGCGGCUCUUAUCUUUACAGCUGUAGAUUUACUGCACAUCUUUUUGUCUGACCGAGGGCCUGGGUGUGCCCGGACGUCCUCGAUAUCACCCCUGAUCACCCCGACCGCCUCACUCUCGCCUGCGGCCUAAAUACAUACAACUAUACAUCAACUCUGACGUGCAUACACGCAUGUACACAACCAUAUAUACGCAAAUGACAAGAGCUGUAUAAUCUCGUUCCGACGCCCAAUUUCAGCCAUGGCGAGCAACAACAACAAUACCAAUACCCUGGCGCCGCCAUCUCUCUCGGUGAACACACGCGUUCGCAAGGACUCUGGUGCCAGUACGCUUGGAGUCUCUCCCUCAGGAGUGUCCACCACUUCAAACCCCUUCCUGACUCCAGCAGGUUCAGAAGACCCCUUCCUCACCCCAAACAACAGAAGCCGGUCCACCAGCGUCACCACACAUGUCGUCGACAGGGAGGAGGCCCUGCGCCCGGAUCCCGGCACCGAGGGCGACUUCAAGGUCGACGACAACCCGUUCGCCUUCAGCCCGGGCCAGCUCAACAAACUGCUCAACCCAAAGUCCCUCGCGGCCUUUAGGGCGCUCGGCGGGCUCAAGGGGGUCGCCAGGGGCCUCCAGACGGACCUCGACGCCGGCCUGAGCAUCGACGAGACCAGUGUGCGGAGGAGGAUCGCGUUCCAGGAGGCGGUUGACGGGACCGAGGCAAAGGCGGAGGCGUCAUCAACACCACCCGGCGGCGAGUCAUUCUCAGACCGGACCCGGGUAUAUGGCCGCAAUGUACUGCCUCCCAAGAAGGCCACGCCACUAUGGAGGCUCAUGUGGAACGCCUACAACGACAAGGUCCUCAUCCUGCUGACCGUUGCCGCCGUCAUCUCACUCGCCCUCGGUCUGUACGAGACCCUCGGCGUGGACCACCCCGAGGGAGCCCCGCCAGCUGUGGACUGGAUCGAGGGUGUCGCCAUCUGUGUGGCCAUUAUCAUCGUCGUCGGGGUCGGCUCGAUCAACGACUGGCAAAAGGAGAAGGCCUUUGUGCGGCUCAACGAGAAAAAGGAGGACCGCGAGAUCAAGGUUAUCCGCAGCGGCAAGGCAGUCAUCAUCAACGUGCACGACCUCCUGGUCGGGGACGUCGUCAACCUCGAGCCCGGCGACCUCAUCCCCGUGGACGGCAUCUUCAUCAGCGGCCAUGACCUCAAGUGCGACGAGUCCUCGGCCACCGGGGAGUCGGACGCGCUCAAGAAGACCGCCGGCGACCAGGUCUUCAGGAUGCUCGAGAACGGCGAGAAGGCCAAGUCUGCCGACCUCGACCCCUUCAUCAUCUCAGGCGCCAAGGUCCUCGAGGGCAUGGGCACCUUCGUCUGCACGUCGGUCGGCCCCUACUCCAGCUUCGGCAAGAUCAUGAUGUCCGUCCGGACCGAGGUCGAGGCCACGCCCCUCCAGAAGAAGCUCGAGGGCCUCGCCGGCGCCAUCGCCAAGCUCGGCGGGAGCGCCGCGCUGCUUCUGUUCUUCGUGCUGCUCUUCCGCUUCCUCGCCAACCUGCCAAACGACAACCGGGAUGGCCCCACGAAGGCCUCAACCUUCAUGGACAUCCUGAUCGUCGCCAUCACCAUCAUCGUCGUUGCUGUCCCCGAGGGUCUCCCGCUGGCAGUGACGCUCGCCCUGGCCUUUGCAACCACGCGCAUGCUCAAGGAGAACAACCUGGUGCGCGUGCUCCGCGCCUGCGAGACCAUGGGCAACGCCACGACCGUGUGCUCCGACAAGACCGGCACGCUCACCACCAACAAGAUGACCGUCGUCGCCGGCACGUUCGGGUCCACGAGCUUCGACAAGGCCGAGGGCGGCGGCGGCGAGAAGUCCACCGUGACCGUGUCCCAGUGGGCGUCGGGCCUGUCCCCGGCCGCCAGGGAGGCCAUCGUGCAGUCGGUCGCCAUCAACUCGACGGCCUUUGAGGGCGAGGACCAGGGCCAGUUCGCCUUCAUCGGGUCCAAGACCGAGACGGCCCUGCUGCAGCUGGCCCGGGACCACCUGGGCAUGUCGUCGCUGUCCGAGGCGCGCGCCAACGAGCAGGUCGUGCAGAUGUUCCCCUUCGACUCGGGCAAGAAGUGCAUGGGCGCCGUCAUCAAGCUGCGCGGCGGCGGCGGCUACCGCCUGCUGGUCAAGGGCGCCUCCGAGAUCCUGCUGGGGUACUGCUCCUCCAGGGCCAACAUCACCGACAUGUCCGUCGAGGCCAUGGGCCAGCCCGACAGGGACGGGCUCUCCAGGACCAUCGACAGCUACGCCCGCCAGUCCCUCCGCACCAUCGGCAUCGUCUACUGCGACUACCAGCAGUGGCCCCCCCUGGGCGCCAGGGUCGAGGACGGCUCCGUCGAGUUCGCCUCGGUGCUCAGGAACCUCGUCUUCCUCGGCGUCGUCGGCAUCCAGGACCCCGUCCGCCCGGGCGUGCCCGAGUCGGUCAAGAAGGCCCAGCACGCCGGCGUGGUCAUCCGCAUGGUCACCGGCGACAACGCCGUGACGGCCCGCGCCAUCGCCGUCGAGUGCGGCAUCCUCACCGAGGGCGGCGUCGUCAUGGAGGGCCCCCACUUCAGGACCCUCAGCGACGCCGAGAUGGACGCCACCCUCCCCAAGCUGCAGGUCCUCGCCCGCUCCUCGCCCGAGGACAAGAGGAUCCUCGUCACCCGGCUCAAGCGCCUCGGCGAGACCGUUGCUGUUACUGGCGACGGGACCAACGACGCCCCCGCGCUCAAGGCUGCCGACGUUGGCUUCUCGAUGGGUAUCUCCGGGACUGAAGUCGCCAAGGAGGCGUCCGCCAUCGUGCUGAUGGAUGACAACUUCACCUCCAUCAUCAUGGCGCUCAAGUGGGGCCGCGCCGUCAACGACGCGGUCCAGAAGUUCCUCCAGUUCCAAAUCACCGUCAACAUCACGGCCGUCCUGCUCGCCUUCGUCUCCGCCGUCUCCGACCCGGAGAUGCGGUCCGUCCUCACGGCCGUGCAGCUCCUGUGGGUGAACCUGAUCAUGGACACCUUCGCCGCCCUGGCCCUGGCCACGGACCCGCCGACGGAGAAGAUCCUCAACCGCCCGCCCCAGGGCAAGAAGGCGCCCCUGAUCACCACCAACAUGUGGAAGAUGAUCAUCGGGCAGGCCAUCUUCCAGCUGGCCGUCACCUUCACGCUGUACUUUGCCGGGCCGCGCAUCUUCACCUCGUACAGCGACGCCGAGCUGCGCACCGUCGUCUUCAACACCUUCGUCUGGAUGCAGAUCUUCAACGAGUUCAACAACCGCCGCCUGGACAACCGCUUCAACAUCUUCGAGGGCCUGCACCGCAACCAGUUCUUCAUCGUCAUCAACAUCCUCAUGGUCGGCCUCCAGGUCGCCAUCAUCUUCGUCGGCGGCCGCGUCUUCUCCGUCGUCGAGGGCGGCCUCAACGGGCCCCAGUGGGCCGUCUCCAUCGUCCUCGCCCUGCUGUGCAUGCCGUGGGCCAUCGCGGUGCGCCUCUUCCCCGACGCGUGGUUCGCCCGCGUCGCCCGCUUCGUCGGCGGGCCCGUCGUCGUCGUCUACCGCUUCCUGGGCCGCUUCUUCGGCCGCGUCGGCAGGCUGUUCAGGAGGAACAAGAAGGCCGCCGACGAGGAGGCCACCACCGGCAGCGAGGGCGGCGAGCCGCAGCAGAUGAGCCAGAGGACCAACUCUGACCCUGUCGAGUCGCCUGUCGUGGUCGUCUCGGACACCGACGGGCUGGACGGCAGCGCCCCUGGUGCCCCCGAGAUCAUGGUCGAGGACCCCGAGGGCAGGAAGGGUAACUAGUCGUGUUUUUUGAAAAGCACUUUAUUGUGUAUGUGUGUAUGUGUGUGUGUGUGCGCAGGUGUAUUGCUGCAUUCUUAUGUAUGGCGUUUCGGCCGGAGUAGCUCGGGGCAAACGGAGAGGAAAGCCGGUUGGGUGGGGUGGCAUUUUUGGGUUUUUAUGAAGAUACCGAUGAUUUAAACGAUGUUUUAUACGAUGUUAGAGAAAUACCUCAUGUAUAUACAAGCCCGUUACUAGUACAUCACGAAGCAAGUUUACAAUACCCAAGUUGAAUCUCAAUCACAUUUGUUAA